CUUUCUUUCCUUUUCUGUCAAAUCAAAUCAUUUUUCCGCAGUUUCACUCUUCACGCAGCUGGAGUGCUGAUUCCGGAGGAUCAAAGGUUGAAGUUCAGAAGCAAGGAUUAAUUAAAAUGGGUGAUGAAAAGGAUGCUUUUUAUGUUGUACGAAAAGGGGAUUCAGUUGGAGUUUAUAAAAACAUAAACGAUCUUCAAUCUGUUCUUCGAUCUUCUGUUAUAGAUACUUCUGUAAGUGUCUUUAAAGGUUACGGCUUGUCGAAAGAAGCCGAGGACUAUCUGUCAUCGCACGGACUGACAAACGCUAUUUAUUGUAUUGAUGCCAGCGAUGUGCAAGAUGAUCUUUUCGGCCAACUUAUCACUUGCCCUUUUCGGGAACCAAAUUCGUCUAAAGAUAAAUCAGCAAGCAAGAAUCAUUCAGAGAAGAGGCCACAGGAUGUUAUUGGAUCGGCUUCUUUUCCAGUAAAUCCUCAGUUAAAGAUUGCUAAGUUAGAUAAUUUCCUCCAAGUUUCUCCAAUUUCGUCUUACUGCUGUACGUGUACUGUCGAGUUUGAUGGUGCUUCAAAGGGCAACCCUGGACAAGCUGGUGCAGGGGCUGUGUUGAGGGCAGGAACAAUGGUGUAUCGAUUGCGGGAAGGUGUGGGUAUUGCGACUAAUAACGUUGCUGAAUAUCGAGGUAUCAUUUUGGGGUUAAGAUAUGCUCUUCAGAAAGGGUUCAGAGAUAUAUGUGUUAAAGGAGACUCUAAACUCGUUUGCAUGCAGGUUGAGGGUAAAUGGAGAACUAAAACCCAGAAUAUGACGGACUUGUGUAAGGUGGCUAAAGAGUUCAUGGGGAAGUUUUCCUCGUUUGAGAUAUGCCAUAUUCCAAGAGAUGAAAACACUGAAGCCGAUGCCCAAGCAAACCUAGGAGUACAUCUAAAAUGUGGUGACGUUCAAGUGGAUGGCGAAAAUAUCUGAUUCUAGCAGAUGCGGAUAUUUGAUUCUGCUUGGCUGUUGCAUAAACAAAUUAUAAAAUGUAGAUAAAUUAUCGGUGUAUGUGUUGUAGCGACGGUGUCGAGAAAUUGGAUUUGUAAGUUAUGUUCUUGUGACAAAUAUAAUUAAGGUACUUGGCUCUUAUGUGCUG